AUGGGGUCCGGAGCCGGAUCUCAAUUUGUCAAUGCCAUGCCUGACCUGAACUUGGAACCCCCUGCCGUCAAAAAUUUCCGGUCCUCCACAACCGGCAGCUGGACUUUAACUAAGUUACCCUCGGUUUGUAAAGAGUACGACCCCUACCUUACCAGAGUGACCUAUAAUAAUUUGUUAUUUAGGGUCACCCUGCAUUGGAAAAAAAGGGCUGGCCAACACUCCAACGCCAAGGCUAGCAACAUGCCAUCGUGCUUCAACACGCCUUACUCAAAGAGGAGCGUGCUGGUGAUUAUAUACGUCGUGCGUUUUGGGCUACCUCACGCCGAAUCAAGACGACGAUCAACGGCUGUGUGGCCCGCUCCCAUCCACAGAGACGCCUCAUUAGCAUCUGGUGCCGAGGCUUUUGCUACCCCUACCCAUUUCCCCAGCUUUCCGCUCCCGCUCCUCCAACAGCCGGCCAGAGAGGCUUUCGCCCGGGCUUGGGGGACGCUCCCCUGCAUGCCCGACUUCCGGGGACUUAGAGAUGAAGCCAAGCCCAAGUCGGUUGCCCGGCGGAGUAUUGUCGCUUUGCUGGCAGAGGCAGAGGAGGGGGGCAAGCUUGCCAAACCUAGCGCCCACUUGCUGGUCAACUGA